CAUUAUAUAAAGUGAAAAGUGGAAGAUCUAAGCUCAACGUGUCUCCUACAGUGGCCACUCCGGCCACUGUCCACUUGGCAGUUGGCGCUUGGCACUUCGGCAGUUAGUUUGUAGUUUGUAGUUUUUGUACUUAGUUAUUUGUAAGACAUUAGAUACAAUACACUUGUAUAUUUUCUUUAGUUUUUAAUGAUUUUUCUGUAAAUUUUAUAAAUACAUUCUUUUUACAUUUUAUUAAAAAUUCUCUUAUUACUGUUUCACUAAUUGUUAAUUAUGUCCGACUUUGAUUCUGUAAUUACAUUGCUUAAAAAAUAUGAUCAAGAACAUAUUAUUAAAUUUUGGAAUAAACUCGGUGAAAAACAAAAAGCAUUUCUGUUGGAAGAUAUCCAUGAACUGAACAUUCCUGAAGUUGUUGAAAUGUUUAAAAAAACUUUAGAAAAUAUGAAUACCAAUCAACAAAAAUUGGAUAAUAGAAUGAAUCCUAUACCCGCCGAACUUUAUGGUGCUGUGAACCGUAGUCCAAAAGAACUUUUGAUUAAGUAUAAACAGAUGGGACUUGAGCAGAUAUCCCAAGGUAAAGUUGGAGUUUUGUUAAUGGCUGGAGGACAAGGUACAAGACUUGGAGUUAACUACCCUAAAGGUAUGUAUGAUGUCGGCUUGCCAUCUCAUAAAUCAUUAUUCCGUAUUCAAGGAGAACGUAUUCGUUGUCUGAUUAGGCUAGCAAAUAAAAAUUUUGGAAGCUGUAAAGGUUUACCUUGGUUUAUAAUGACUAGUGAACACACUAUGGAACCUACUCGCAAAUACUUUAAGGAAAAUAAUUAUUUUGGCCUAGAUGAAAAAAAAAUUAUAUUUUUUGAACAAUAUAUGUUGCCAGCAUUUACAUUUGAUGGAAAAAUCAUUAUGGAAAGUAUAAGUAAAAUCUCUAAAUCUCCAGAUGGCAAUGGUGGUAUAUAUAAAGCUUUACGUGACCGUAAUGUAUUGGAUGAAAUUAAAAGGCUAGGUGUUCAAUACCUCCAUGCUCAUAGUGUAGAUAAUAUAUUAGUUAAAGUAGCAGAUCCAAUAUUUAUUGGAUAUUGCAUAACAAAAAAUGCUGAAUGUGGAGCAAAAGUUGUAGAAAAAGCAUAUCCCUCGGAGCCUUUAGGUGUUAUAUGUGAGGUUGACGGAAAAUUUCAAGUUGUCGAGUAUAGUGAAAUCACUGAAAAUACAGCUGAAAAAAGAAAUCCUGAUGGUCGUUUAACAUUUAGUGCUGGUAAUAUUUGUAACCAUUUUUUUACAACAGAAUUUUUAAACAAUGUUGCAUACAAAUAUAAUAGUAAAUUAAAAUUACAUAUAGCUAAAAAAAAAAUACCUUAUGUGAAAGAUGAUGGCACUGUAUGCAAACCAGAUGAACCAAACGGUAUCAAAAUGGAGAAAUUUAUAUUUGAUGUUUUUGAAUUUUGUAAUCGUCUUGCUGUUUGGGAAGUAGAAAGAGAAGAAGAAUUUAGUGCUUUAAAGAAUGCAGAUGUGCCUAAUGGCAAAGAUAACCCUAGAACUGCUCGCUUGGAUGUUUUUUCACUUCAUAGAAAAUUUGUUGAAAAAUCUGGAGGAAAAUUUAAAACAGAAAACAUUGAAUGUGAGAUCUCACCUCUUUUAUCAUAUUCUGGUGAAGAUCUUAAGCACUUGGUUGAUGGUAAAAUUUUUGAUUCUGUUCUAGAAUUAAAAUCUGCAGAAGAAAUAUCCAAUAAUAAAACUUCUAAUAUUAAUUAAGUAUUUGUUUUAUUUAUACUCUAUAACAGAACUACCUAUGUAAUGGAUAAUUCCAGUUAAAUUUACUUUGUUAUGAAUUUCAAAUAUUAGGUUUCAAUUUUUCAAAUUUGUAGUUGAAAAUAAUUUUUUAAAUAUAUAACUAGUUUAUUAUAUAAAAUUGUCUAAAUUUUAAAAACUCUAUUAAUGCUUAUAUUUUAUAAUAGUUUUUGUAUGAUUAAUCACUUAAAAUGUUGGAUUGUAUAAUAUAUUUUUAAAUAUUAUAGUUUUUAUUUUAAAAUUAAAAACAAUUGGGUUAAUACUAAUAAUAAUGUACUUAAAUAACUUUAUACUUUCAAUAAUUUUUUACUUUAUGAAUAUUUUAUCUAUAGUCUAGAUAAUUGUUGCUUUGUUAUGUUAUUAGUGUAAAGAUAUUUUUUUGUAACCCUAACGGAAAGUGCAAUUAAUAUUAAAUUAUAAAACAAAUAAUACUUGUAAUUUAUUAGGAUUACCUUUGUAUCCAAUAGACUAACCAGAUACAGUUAUUGUACAUUAUGCAAAAUGUUGGAUAAAGACAUUAUACUAUAAUCAUACCGAUUGUUGAGAGAUAAAAAAUGAAAACUAGCUCUCGUCAAA